CAUUCGGAAUCACAAGCCGGGAGUGCCCGAGGUUUUACGUCCGGCGCCUGUUCGUUGGCUGCCGCGCGCGAUACGCAAGCAACCCGCAGGUGACUGACUCGCGCGGCGUGACGACCCUGACAAAAAGCGCCACGCACCGCUUCACGCUCAAAACGGGCGACCGUUCAUUCGUUCCCUUUUCCUUUCACCCCCCACCACCGGGACCAGCCCCCCACCACCGGGAUCACCCCACCACCGACCACAGGCCCCCGCGCCUAGAGCCAUUCCAUCACCUGGCUCUCCCCCUCGGGCGUACCACCUAGACGCCCCCGCAUUCACAGCAAGCUAGGCUAGGCGCCCAGCUGUUCCGCUCGCUUCCCGGUCACCGCACCACGCCCCGCCAGUGACCCCGCCCGCCCCGCCGGCUGCGGCCCCCAGCGACCAUGCUGCCCAAGGUCGCCUCCCACAUCCUCCACACCUCGACGCGCGCCGCCGCCGCCGUCCAGAACCAGGCCGCCUUCCGGAAUGUGUUCCACCAGUCGCCGGGCUUCUUUGACUCGACGGGCGCGCCGCUCGUGCCCUCCUCAGACCGCCGCUCGAGCAACUGGGGCGGUCAUGGCGGCGCGAAGUAUAACGGGAGCAGGUUCUCGCAUUCGUUUGCGGGUGCUCCAGGACGCGCUGUUACCCAGGCGCACGCGCAGACGGGCGCGGACGUUUCUGUGACGCAGGAAGAUGCCGAGGACGUGCACCCCCUCCGCCAUCCCAAGCCGCGCCGCGCUGGGUUGCGUCUGCGCAGCCAGUCGGUGUCCGUGCACCCGCUCACACUCGAAAAUGCCAGCAUCGUUCAGGCUCUGCGCCUGCACGCGCGCUCACGGCACACGCUCGCCGCCGCGGAUGCGGACAAGGCAGUGGUGGAUGUUGAGGAGGAGGAAGUGCUCGAUGCGGUUCCGCCGCGGUUGUCGCGUCGUAACUCGACGUCGUCGAUCUCAAGCGACCCGCAGACCCCUGCGUCGCCCCUGCCCGUCAGGCGCAACUCUACGGUAUCGGUAGAUACUGCGUCGGGCAAGCAGCUGCCGCCGAUCGACAUCGCGCCGACCCCUGCACGGCAGUCGACUCCGGUUUCUGAGGCUCAGGCCACGGUCCUCGCAGCGAAGGAGUCUGGCGACGCACUUCUUGCCGCCGAGGCCGUCGCUCACUUCCUCUCCACGGUCACCUCCCCGUCUACCCGCGACUACAACCUUGCACUCGAGACCAUCUACGCGACGCGCCGCGAGGGCGAGCCGCUCACGUACCUGCUCGAUGUCUACAACCGCAUGAUCCGUGCCUCCGUCCUUCCCAACCUGCGCACCUACCUCAUCCUCUCUGAGGCACUCCUCGUCCGCGAUGCGGAGGUCCACAACCAGAUCACCGCACUGGAGACGCGCAUCAGCCGUGCUGGCGAGCAGGAGCUCGACGCGCAGGUCGAGGGCCUGCGUGCGGAGACGAACUUUGUGUCUGCGCUGUCGAUGUUCCACACCAUCGUCUCGCUCAAUGGCGCGUCCACGAUCCCGAUGCACAUGCUCACGGCGUUCCUGCGCUCGUGCGCGGCGCAUGGGGACGCCAGCGCGGCAGUCACGAUCUUCGGUCAGGUUGAGGCGCGCAAGGACGAGCGGCUUGCGCCGUCGCUGUAUGGAUAUCUCAUUCAGGCGUACGCGGCGAACCGGCAGCUGGAGAAUGUGCGGGCUGUGUUCGAGGAGUACCAGACGGCGGCGAAGGCAGGGCGGCUGGAGUCAGGCCGCCGGGAGCACGUCCAGGUGUACAACCAGAUGAUCGAGGCGUCCUUCCGGUGUGGGGAGCCGCAGGAGGGCGUCGCGCUGCUGGAGACGAUGCUGUCGGGGAGUGCCGAGGUCGUGCCGAGCCCGGCAUCGUCCACGUUUGCGAGCGUGAUCGGCGGGUUUGUCCGGUCGGGCGACAUCUCGACGGCGCAGAGCUGGUUCGACCGGCUUCUGCAGCAGGCCGACGCGCCGCCCGCCGACCCGUACGCGCCGAUGCCGUCCAUCGCCCGCCCCGACCGCCUCGCCUGGGACCUCAUGCUCGACGGGCUCGCAGACGCUGCCCGCGCCGACGCCUCCAUCGUCGACGACAUCAACGGCCUCUUCGCCCGCCUCGCCGAUCUCGACGCCCGCGGCGAGGUCCCCCUCCGCGACACCGACUGCCUCCUCGUCUUCUCCGCCAACCUCGCCCGCGCGCACUCCCAUCCCGCCCCCGACGUCCUGGCCCAUGUCAUCCGCCCCCCGCUCGCCUUCCACGAUCGCGUCCGCCUCUCCCUCCAGGCCGUCGCCACGUACCUCGACUGCGGCCAUGUCCUCCCCGCGCUUGACGUCUUCGCGACGCUCAACGCCAUGGUCGCGCAGGAUGCCCCCGAUCAGAUCACCGCCCUCCAGGUCGUCCAGCACGCGUACACCCACUGCAUGGCCCGCCUCGACGCGUUCCCCGGCCUCGUCGUCCCCUUCGAUUACGCUAUGGACCUCGCCAAGGCGGAACUGUUCGCGCAGCUGCCCCAGUCCCACGAGCGCCUGCUGAUGGUCGACACCGCGUUUACGUCCCAGCCGCCCGACGCGGCCCUCAUCCGCGAUCUUCCCACAGAGGACAGGGCGCUCGUCUUUGCGGCCGCGCUCGCGAGCGUUGAGACCGCGCGCGCGCCCGCAUCGCACCUUAUCACCGUCCUCGGCUCCCUCGCGCCCGAGAUCGCGGUUGCGAAGGAGCUGUUCACGGCGCGCACUGACCUCCUCGGCAGAUUGGUUCACGCGUUCCAGGGCGCCCAGCAGGCGAAGGAAGAGCUCCAGAAGCUCGGCGACGCGUACGCUGGCCUCUUAUCCGACGCGGCUAUCGAGCACAAGGUCCUCGCGGAGAGCUUGGUCGCGCCGACGUCCAAGGUCGAGGCUCAGGCCCCGCCCCCUAUCCCUGAUUCGAUCGUCCCCCGCAACCCGCGCGUCGACCACCACGUCUCCCGCCACAUCCACGAGCUCACUUUCCACGCUCUCGCGCCCAAGACGCGGGAGGCUUUCGACGUCUUCAUCAACGCCGCCAAGCGUGGACGGCUGCCGAAUGCGCAGACUACGGGCCGGUUGAUCGAGUCAUGUGGCCGCGCACGCAUGCUGGACGAGGUCCGCCAGGCGUACAGUGUCGCGCAGAGCAUCUUCAAGGUCCUCGGCAACGACCAGCAGCGCCAGAUGGCCGCGUGGUUCGCGGUGGAGAACUCGAUGGUUAUCGCAUACGCACACGCCGGCGACUUCGACACGGCAUACCAAUACCGCCAGCGCAUGAUCGAGCAGGGCGGCUACCCGUCGGCUGACGCGUAUGCGGCGCUGAUCAUGCAGGUCAAGGACACCACGGACGACACCUCGAACGCGCUCGCGCUCUUCAACGAGAGCCAGAUCGGCGGCGUGCGCCCGAACCUGUUCCUGUACAACAACAUCAUCUCGAAACUCUCGAAGGCGCGCAAGACGGACACGGCGCUCGAGCUGUUCCAGGCGAUGAAGGAGCAAGGCAUCAACCCGUCGUCGGUUACCUACGGUACGGUCAUCAGCGCGUGUGCGCGCGUUGGCGAUGUCGCGAGUUCGGAGCUGCUGUUCGAGGAGAUGGAGGCGAUGCCGAACUUCAGGCCCAAGGCCGCGCCGUACAAUACGAUGAUGCAGCUCUUCACGAUGACGAAGCCGAACCGUGAGCGCGCGCUUGCGUACUAUGAGAAGCUCAAGGCGUCUGGCGCAAAGGAGAACGAGCAUACUUGGAAGUUGCUCCUCGACGUCUACGGCAAUGUCGAGCCCGUGAACCGCGAGAUGAUGGAGAAGAUCAAGGACCAGCUGCUCGGCGGCGUCGGCCGGCUCACGUCCGCGCAGUUCGCCGCGCUCAUCAACUCGUACGGCUCCGCGCAGAAGAACCUCGACGAGGCGCUCCGGCUGUUCACCACUGUCCCGGAGUCGCGCCUGGAGAGCGGGCACGACGCGAUCGUCUACGAGGCGCUCUUCAACGUCUUCGUCACGCACAAGCGCCCGGACCUUCUCGGCGAGUAUAUGCGCCGGAUGCGCGACGGCGGCGUGCGGAUGACGGCGUACAUUGCGAACGCGCUCAUCAAGGGGUACAGCCGGGCGGACGACCUCGAGUCUGCGAGGCGCAUCUUUGAGAGCUUGUCGGACCCGCCGUACGGUGUUGCGGCGCCGGGGAACCACGUUGCGCACGAUGCGACGAUGGUGUCGGCGCGGACGCAGGGCGACGGGACGGAUGCGGUGUAUCGUGAGCCGUCAACUUGGGAGGAGAUGGUACGCGCCGAGCUCGGUGCACAAAAUCGGGACCGUGUUUCCGAACUAUUGCAGCGAUUACGAUCAAGAGGAUACCCCGACAGUGUCGUCCGGCGAAUCGAGGGCAUCAUGUCCGAUCCUUUCCUAUGAGGCCGUCUUUGUUUCUGACUGGUUUCUCUGACUCGGACUGAUGACCCUAUCCUUAUUCGAUUUGCCUCUGCGCUACCUCCGCCGUGUCCCCUCUUGCUUUCGUCACUCAAUGCUGUAUCCCGUACGCUAUCGGUCUCGCUAGUCAUAUACAACCUGUAUCAUAUCAUACAUCUUUGCUACAGUGCUACGUACCUACCUAUUCAUCUGCCUCUUGUCUUGAUCUUGGAUUCUCGAGUCCUUGUUCUCGUAUCUCGAUUCACUUCGUGGAGACGGGUGUUUGCUUGCUACCUAGAUGUAGUUAAUUUACUUACGACGGUUUAGUUUACGAUGGUGUGUCUGGCGUACGACUUGCGACGAUGUUCUCGGUUACAGUUGUAUGUCUGGCAUGAUCUUUGUGGACUUUACCUAGUACUUACUGACUUGAAGUCGCCUUCGGGCGAGGAAUGGAAUUGUCUUUGCCUGUUGGUAGGCAGACUUGAUGAA